AAAAAGUGCAUUUUGAGUACAAUUUUUUUUUUCCGUAUUCGCCGUUCUCUCUUCUCUUUACUACUGCAGCACCACUGCCGCCGGUGAUGGAGUGUUGACGGAAUCAUCCCACUUAUGACAUCCCUUUCUCCAAGUGUAAAUAUACACGAAAACCGAAAGAGAAGAAAGAAAUGGAGAGAGUUUGUGUAACAGGAGCAGGAGGUUAUAUCGCGUCAUGGGUUGUCAAGCUCUUGCUCUCCAAAGGUUACAUCGUCCAUGGCACUGUAAGAGAUCCAGGUAAUGAGGAAAAAAAUGGUCAUUUGAAGAAACUUGAGAAUGCUGGAGAGAGGUUGCAUCUCUUCAAGGCCGAUCUGUUUGAUUAUGAAGGCCUCUGUGCUGCAUUUGCUGGUUGCACUGGGGUUCUUCAUAUCGCAUCUCCUGUUCCUGGUACACUUAAGUUUGAUGAUCCUCAGACGGAAAUCCUCGAUCCAGCUAUAAAAGGAACACGAAACGUAUUGAAUGCAUGUUUGGAGGUUAAAGUAAAAAAGGUUGUGGUUGUUUCCUCGAUGGUUAGUGCUAUGUUAAAUCCUGAAUGGCCACAAGGCCUUGAAAUGGAUGAAAGUUGCUGGGCGGAUGUAGAAUAUUGCAAAACCAACGAGAGAUGGUAUGCUUUAUCCAAGACUCUAGCCGAACGUGAGGCUUUGGAGUAUGCCAAAAAGGUUGGAUUGAACGUUGUGACUAUUUGUCCAUCAGGUACCAUUGGGCCAAUGUUACAAUCAACAGUAAACGCUAGUAGUUUGCUUCUCUUGAGCUACAUAAAAGAUCUCGACGGAAGAAGUGAUGGAACAAAAAAGACGGAUGAUGCAGAACGGGCUGUUGUAGAUGUACGUGAUUUGGCCAACGCAAUUGUCUUGUUGUAUGAAAAACAAGAAUCCGAGGGGAGAUAUAUAUGCUCUUCAUACUCUCUUAUGACAAGGGAGUUUGUUGCAAAGGUGCAAAACAUAUUUCCUGACUAUGAUUAUCCCAAAAAUUUUACAGAACCAAACAAAACUGAACGUGCGAUAUUCAACACGAAGAAGUUGUUAAAUUUGGGAUGGAAUUACAGGCCAUUGGAGGAAACCAUUGUAGACUCGAUCGAGAAUUAUGAAGAAGCCGGUUUAUUGAAUACAGAUGGCAUAUCCCUUAACAUAAAGUUUUGAAUCUUCUCACAUCUUUAUGUUCGAAUUCACAGUUUUAUAGCGUGCCUAAAAAAAUAAAUGAAACAAUAUCCUUAUUUUAUGAAUAAUAACUAAAUAACCUUUUGAAUCCUAAACCAUAGGGUGGAUGAGCAUGGGACAAUUUUUUUUUUUUUUUUUUUU